UCACAGUGAAGAUCUGUAAAUUUUCAGCUAGACCAGCCCAUUCUCUUCCCGCCCAAAUACUCUCUAAACCCUAAAAACACAAAUAACAUUGCAAUUUGCUUCCCAAAGAAUACAGAGUAGAACAGUGCAGAAUCCGCCGCCAUGGAAAUUGAAGAGGCUAUUAACGAAGUGGAAAUGGAACCCAUAGCAACGGCGGCGGCGAUACCGAAGGAGCCACCGAAGAUAAAGCGGCUAGAGGAAUCAGUAGUGAACAGAAUCGCGGCUGGGGAAGUAAUCCAACGGCCAGUAUCUGCAGUAAAAGAGCUCAUCGAAAACAGCUUAGAUGCUAAUUCCACCUCUAUCUCCGUCGUCGUUAAGGAUUCCGGUCUUAAACUAAUCCAAGUUUCCGACGACGGCCAUGGCAUCCGUUACGAGGAUUUACCGAUUUUAUGCGAGAGGCACACGACGUCGAAGCUGAGUAAGUUUGAAGAUUUACAGACGAUUAGUUCAAUGGGAUUUAGAGGUGAAGCUUUAGCUAGUAUGACUUACGUCGGUCACGUAACUGUCACUACAAUUACCGACGGCCAGCUGUACGGAUACAGAGCAACGUAUAAAGACGGUUUAAUGGUAGAUGAACCAAAACCUUGUGCUGCUGUUAAAGGUACACAAAUAAUGAUUGAGAAUUUGUUUUAUAACAUGGCGGCGCGAAGGAAAACCCUAGAGAAUUCUUCUGCUGAUGAUUAUCCGAAAAUUGUUGACCUAAUUAGUAGGUUUGCAAUUCAUCACACAAGUGUGAGCUUCUCUUGUAGAAAACAUGGAGCUGGUAGAGCAGAUGUUCACAGUCUAGCUACUUGUUCGAGGAUUGAUUCGAUUAGAUCUGUUUAUGGAGUUUCAGUUGCUCGAAAUCUGAUGAAUAUUGAAGUUUCUGAUACUGUUUUUCAGAUGGAUGGUUUCAUUUCUGACUCGAAUUAUAUUGCGAAGAAGAUAACCAUGGUACUUUUUAUAAAUGAUAGGCUCGUUGAUUGUAGUGCUUUGAAAAGGGCAAUUGAGCUAGUCUAUACUGCUACAUUGCCUAAAGCAUCAAAACCUUUUAUAUACAUGUCAAUUGUUUUGCCACCUCAGAAUGUUGAUGUUAAUAUACAUCCAACAAAGAGAGAGGUAAGCCUUAUGAAUCAAGAAUUCAUCAUUGAGAAGAUACAGUCUGUGGUAGAGUCGAAAUUGAGAAGCUCGAAUGAGUCAAGGAGAUUCCAGGAACAGACCAUGGAUUUUUGUUCCUCAAGUCCAGUGGCCACAAUUAAAGAUUCCAGUAAAGAUUGUCCGUCUUCGUCUGGGAUAAAGUCGCAAAAAGCGCCACAUAAAAUGGUACGAACGGAUACGCUGGACCCUUCUGGAAGGUUGCACGCAUACGUGCAAAUGAAGCCUCCUAGUAGUUCAGAAAGAGGAGGUUCUUGCUUGAGUUCAGUGAGGUCUUCUAUUAGACAAAGGAGGAAUCCUAGUGAAACCGCGGACCUCACUAGCAUCCAAGAGUUAGUUAAUGAGAUUGAUAAUGAUUGUCACUCUGGUUUAUUAGAUGUUGUUAGGCAUUGCACGUAUAUUGGGAUGGCGGAUGAGGUUUUUGCUUUGAUUCAACACAACACGCACCUUUAUCUUGUUAAUGUGAUUAACUUGAGUAAAGAGCUUAUGUAUCAGCAAGUUUUACGUCGGUUUGCACAUUUCAACGCGAUUCAACUGAGUGAACCGGCGUCAUUACCCGAGCUAAUAAUGCUUGCUCUGAAAGAAGAAGAGGGUAUAGAUCCCCAAGGCAAUGAAAGCAAUGAGCUAAGAGGAAAGAUUGCCGAGAUGAAUACAGAGCUGCUCAAGGAAAAAGUAGAAAUGCUAGAGGAGUAUUUUAGUGUUUAUAUCGAUUCAAAUGGCAAUUUGUCUAGACUUCCUGUUAUACUUGAUCAGUACACACCUGACACGGACCGCAUCCCAGAAUUUGUACUUUGUUUGGGCAAUGAUGUUGAUUGGGAAGACGAGAAAGUUUGUUUUCAGACAAUUGCCGCUGCCCUUGGAAAUUUGUAUGCCAUGCAUCCACCAUUAUUGCCUAAACCCUCGGGCGAUGGCUUGAAAUUCUACAGAAAGAGAGUGCUUUCGAGUGGUUCACUAGAAACUUGUAUGGAAAACAUAGAGACGAAUGACACCGCAGAGUCUGAAUUUGAGGAAGAAUUACUUUCGGAGGCUGAAAAUGCUUGGGCUCAACGUGAAUGGUCGAUUCAGCAUGUUCUCUUUCCCGCCCUCAGACUCUUCUUCAAGCCCCCUACUUCUAUGACUAAAAAUGGAACUUUUGUUCAGGUUGCAUCACUGGAAAAGCUCUACAGAAUUUUCGAGAGAUGUUAAACAUUGGAGAAUUUUGACGUGGCUUCCUUGAAGCAAAAUGAUGUAGAUAUGUACAGCUUCUAAAUUGAGGAGUAAAUUCCUCUUCCCCCUACCCCUACCCCAAAAGAGGAAAAAUUAAAACAGGUACGAUACAUUCUUUUUUGCAGUGAAGAUGGUCGGAUUAGCUUUUUUGUCCUCUA